AGCGCUGUGGCGCAUAAAUAGAGACUCAAGCUGCGCUGCACGGUCUCGAGGCUUGGACUGCAUCCUGGCCGCCGGCUCACACAAGACAGGUGGGGGAGGAAAUCCAGAUUAGCCAUGGAGAAAAUUUCGGUGUCAGCAUUCUUGCUCCUGGUGGCUCUUUCCUACACACUGGCGAAGGAGACCACCGUCAAACCUGGAGCUAAAAAGGACACAAAAGACUCUCGACCGAAAUUACCCCAGACCCUCUCCCGAGGUUGGGGUGAUCAGCUCAUCUGGACUCAGACAUACGAAGAAGCUCUAUACAAAUCUAAGACAAGCAACAAACCCUUGAUGAUUAUUCAUCACUUGGAUGAGUGCCCACACAGUCAAGCUUUAAAGAAAGUAUUUGCCGAAAAUAAAGAAAUCCAGAAAUUAGCAGAGCAGUUCGUCCUCCUCAAUCUAGUUUAUGAAACGACUGACAAACACCUUUCUCCGGAUGGCCAGUACGUCCCCAGAGUUUUGUUUGUUGACCCAUCCCUGACAGUGAGAGCUGACAUCACUGGAAGAUAUUCAAACCGUCUCUAUGCCUACGAACCUUCAGAUGCAGCUCUACUGCUUGACAACAUGAAGAAAGCUCUCAAGUUGCUGAAGACCGAAUUGUAGAGAAGAAAACAAAAUCUGCAAGCUCUCCCUUCUGUGUUAGAACUUGAGACUCAAAACCAGGGAUUUGAGAAGACUGAAGAAUGCAGAAGCACUGGUGGAUAUACUGAUUCAAUUAUGGUUUAAUGUUACAGCAGCUGCUUUUUUUAAAAUUAGGCUUCAAGUAUUGUUUGUACAUGUAUAAAACAAUGUUUAUACACGUAUAAAACAAUGUUGUAUACAA